AUGUCUUCUUCAGACUCUGUUGAUCACAUUUCCAAGUGGGAGGAACGUGUAUGCUUAAACAGAGGAAGAAAGUUUUUCAAACCUAAAGUCAGUGGAUCCAUUACACCUGCUGUUGGAAUGUUUUUUAAAUCAUUUGAUGAGGCUUUUGCGUUUUAUCAGAGAUAUGCACUUGCUGCAGGUUUUUCUGCAAGAAAAAAUACCUCUUGGAAAAAUGGUGGUGGUUUAGUGAAAAUAAGAUAUAUUGUCUGCUCAAAAGAAGGAUUUCAUGUUAACAAAGAAAUAGAUUCUGGUUCAAUUGAUGAGAAUAGUAAAAAGAUUGUUAGACGUAAUAGAAGUUCAAAAAGAGUUGGAUGCAAUGCUCAUGUGAAAUUAAUAUUAGAGAACAAUAAUAUGUUUAAAAUCUACUACUUUGAAGAAGAACAUAAUCAUAUCUUUGUUGAAGAUGAAGAUAUUCAUUUCUUGCCGGCUGCCAGAAGUAUUGAUUAUGUUAAAGAAAGUUUUAUAUCUGGACUGUCUUCAAUCAAUAUUGGACCUGUUAAAGCAUUCAAUAUUAUGAAAACAAUGUAUGGUGGUUUUGGUGAACUUGGUACUAGUAAAGUUGAUUGUAAGAACUAUAGAAGGGCUGGAUUGUCUUCAAUCAAUAUUGGACCUGUUAAAGCAUUCAAUAUUAUGAAAACAAUGUAUGGUGGUUUUGGUGAACUUGGUACUAGUAAAGUUGAUUUGAAUCUUUACAUAGGAGAGUAUGAUGCAGAAAUGGUAGUUAGGCAUCUUAUUAGAAAGAAAGAAUGUUGUCCCGGUUUCAUAUGUGAUUAUGUUAUUGGUGAAGAUAGAAGAUUGAAAGGACUUUUCUGGGCUGAUGAGCAAUCAAAAACAAAUUAUACAGUGUUUGGUGACAUAGUUGGUUUUGAUGCUACUUAUAAAUCAAACAAAUAUGAUUUGGUUUUUGUACCAUUUACUGGGAUUGAUAAUCAUUUUAGGAAUGUCACAUUUGGUGGUGGAUUACUUGGUUCUGAGACUGCAGAUUCUUAUAGAUGGCUUUUAAGGUGCUUUGUUGGUCCUGUUUUGUCAGCAAACAUUGAUUUUAAUACAAGAAUGACUCAUGUUGUUUGGAAUGAUACUAUUAUUCCAGAAGAUUUUGAAACUGAGUGGUAUUCAAUAAUGUCUACUUUUGGAUUGGAAAAUCAUGAGUGGUUAAAAGAUAUGUACGAUCUUCGAUUUGAUUAG